AUGGUCACAAACUCUGCUAUGGAGCAGAUGAAGAAGAAGAAGAAGCCAAAAACGAGCAGCCGAACGAUAUCGUUCGGCUCGAUUUUCAUGCAUGCCGAUUGCUCUGACAUGGCACUGAUGGGGCUCGGGCUCGUCGGCUCGUUCGGGGACGGGAUCUCGAUGCCAGCGAUGCUUUUGGUCACGAGCAAGCUCAUGAACAGCUUCGGAAACUCCCAGAUUUCGCCAGCCGAUAGCUUCAGCCGAAGCAUAAACGAGAACGCGUUAGUUCUUUGUUACAUGGCUUGCGUGCAAUGGGUCGCUUGCUUUCUCGAGGGAUAUUGUUGGACAAGAACAGCCGAAAAACAAGCAUCCCGACUAAGAUCGAGAUACCUAAAAGCCGUUAUGAGGCAAGAUAUCGGCUAUUUCGACCUGCACGUGACGAGCACGGCUGAAGUUAUCGAGAGUGUAUCAAGCGACAGCCUCAUAAUUCAAGACGCCAUUAGCGAAAAGGUCCCUGUCUUCAUAAUGAACCUCUCGACUUUCUUCGGGUCUUACGUGGUGGCAUUCAUUAUGCUGUGGAGGCUAGCGCUAGCCGGGUUCCCUUUUAUAAUAGUCUUGGUAAUCCCGGGUCUCAUGUACGGGCGGGCCCUUAUGAGCAUCGUUCGGAAAAUGAAGAACGAAUAUGGUAAAGCCGGCGUGAUAGUUGAGCAAGCGCUUUUUUCCGUGCGUACAGUUUACUCAUUCGUGGGUGAAAGCAAAACGAUUGCUGCUUAUUCGGAUGCUCUUCAGGGGACCGUGAAGUUAGGUUCGAGGCAAGGUUUGGCCAAGGGCUUGGCCAUCGGAAGUAAUGCUGUCGUAUUUGCAAUUUGGUCCUUUUUGUCGUAUUACGGCAGUAGAUUGGUUAUGUAUCACGGGGCUCAAGGAGGCACGGUUUUCGCAGUUGGGGCUGCAAUCGCUACCGGUGGAUUAGCGUUGGGUUCGGGUUUAUCCAACCUCAAGUACUUCUCGGAAGCAAGUUUAGCUGCCGAGCGUAUAAAAGAGGUGAUCGAGCGAGUGCCCAGGAUCGACUCGGAUAGCGUGGAAGGCCAAAUACUAGAAAACGUGAAAGGAGAAGUCGAGUUCAAGCAUGUUGAGUUCGCCUACCCGUCGAGGCCCGAGAGCGUGAUUUUCGAGGAUUUUAAUUUAAAAGUCCCGGCGGGAAAAACGGUGGCGCUCGUCGGUGGGAGUGGGUCUGGAAAAUCGACCGUGAUUGCUCUUCUACAGAGAUUUUACGACCCGCUCGGAGGAGAGAUUUUGUUAGAUGGAGUGGCGAUCGAUAAGUUGCAGGUAAAGUGGCUAAGGUCGCAAAUGGGAUUGGUUAGUCAAGAACCGGCACUUUUCGCUACCUCGAUUAAGGAAAAUAUACUUUUCGGAAAAGAGGAUGGCUCGUUCGAGGAGGUCGUGGAGGCUGCGAAAGCUGCUAAUGCUCACAAUUUCAUCUCUCAGUUGCCUCAAGGUUAUGAGACUCAGGUCGGCGAGAGAGGGGUCCAAAUGUCCGGAGGCCAGAAGCAGAGGAUCGCAAUCGCACGAGCCAUAAUAAAAUCCCCGAAAAUCCUCCUCCUCGACGAGGCCACGAGCGCGCUGGACUCAGAGUCAGAGCGUGCCGUGCAAGAAGCCCUCGACAAGGCCGCCGUCGGUCGGACCACCAUCGUCAUAGCCCACCGCCUCUCAACCAUCCGGAACGCUGACAUCAUCACCGUCGUCCGAGAUGGCCGGGUUGCCGAAAGCGGGCCCCACGAUGAGCUCAUCGCCGACAAAAACGGCCUCUACUCGUCCCUCGUCCAUCUGUCUGAGAAAACCGACACCUUAGACGAGCAACCGUCUAACGCAUUAGACGACGUACGCAACACGAGCAGCCGGAGGCUCUCGGUUUUCAGUCGGUCGAGCUCGGCCAACUCCCGCGGGCUCGUCGAGACGGGCCAGACGAUGAUAAAUGUGGCCCGAGACGAGGUCUUCGGGACCCCCUCGUUUAGGAGGCUGCUUGCCAUGAACAUGCCCGAGUGGCGGCAAGCUACAUUGGGUUGCGUGUCGGCUGUGCUCUUCGGCGCGAUUCAGCCGCUGUACGCGUUCGCGAUGGGGUCGAUGAUAUCGGUGUAUUUCAUACAUGAUCACGAGGAGAUCAAAGAGAAGAUAAGGAUAUACGCGUGGUGUUUUCUUGGUUUGGCCGUUUUUUCACUGAUGAUUAACGUGUGCCAACACUAUAGUUUCGCGUCGAUGGGGGAGAAUCUGACCAGGAGGAUAAGGGAGAGGAUGUUGUCCAAGAUUCUUACGUUCGAGGUUGGGUGGUUCGACCGGGACGAGAAUUCCACCGGGGCCAUAUGCUCGAGGCUCGCGAAAGAUGCUAAUGUGGUGAGGUCUCUGGUGGGUGACCGGAUGGCGCUGCUGAUUCAGACAUGCUCGGCUGUAAUAAUUGCAUGCACGAUGGGCCUUGCCGUCGCGUGGAAGCUCGCGCUUGUAAUGAUUGCGGUCCAGCCGUUGAUUAUAAUCUGCUAUUACUUCAAACGUGUGCUCCUCAAGAACAUGUCGAGUAAGGCGAUCAAGGCCCAAAACGAGAGCAGCAAGCUCGCGGCUGAGGCCGUGUCGAAUCUCCGGACGGUCACAGCCUUCUCCUCACAAGCCCGUAUCCUCCGGAUGCUCGAGCGGGCCCAAGAAGGGCCCAGGAAGGAAAGCGCUCGCCAGUCGUGGUUCGCGGGUGUCGGGCUCGGGACCUCCCAGAGCCUAAUGACGUGCACGUGGGCCCUUGAUUUCUGGUACGGCGGGCGGCUCAUCGCCGGGGGGUUCAUCGGGGCGAAAGCCCUGUUCCAGACGUUCAUGAUCCUCGUCAGCACGGGUCGGGUCAUAGCCGAUGCUGGGACCAUGACGAACGACUUGGCGAAAGGGGCAGAUGCCGUGAGGUCGGUUUUCGCGGUGCUCGACCGUUACUCGUUGAUCGAGCCUGAGGACCCGGAUGGGCACCGGCCCGAAGAGAAGCUUUUCGGCAACGUGGAGCUCCGAGGGGUCGAUUUUGCGUACCCAGCCCGGCCCGGAACAAUGAUCCUCCGAGGCUUCUCGCUCGAGAUUGAGGCGGGUAGGUCGACCGCACUCGUGGGGCCGAGCGGGUCGGGGAAAUCGACCAUCAUAGGCAUUAUCGAGAGAUUCUACGACCCGAUAGCUGGGGUCGUGAAAAUCGACGGUCGGGAUAUCCGGACGUACCAUUUGAGAUCGCUGAGGAAGCACAUUGCAUUGGUUAGCCAAGAGCCAACGCUAUUCGCGGGGACCGUUCGAGAGAACAUUGCGUACGGGUCGUCGGAGGAGGAAGUCACGGAGGCCGAGGUGGUGGCGGCGGCUAAGUUGGCAAACGCACACGAUUUCAUUUCCGGGCUUAAGGAUGGGUAUGGGACUUGGUGCGGGGACCGGGGAGUACAAAUGUCGGGAGGGCAAAAGCAGAGGAUCGCGAUCGCCCGAGCCAUACUUAAAAAUCCGAGCAUCUUGUUGUUGGACGAAGCCACGAGCGCGCUCGACACAGAGUCUGAGAAGGCCGUGCAAGAGGCGCUCGAGCGGGUGAUGGUCGGGCGGACGAGCGUGGUGGUGGCUCACCGGCUGAGCACGAUAAAGAACUGCGACACGAUUGCGGUCCUCGACAGAGGAAGGGUGGCCGAGCGCGGGACCCACAUGUCGUUGCUCGGGAAGGGGCCCAAUGGGGUUUACUAUUCACUAGCCUUUUGUUGUGGAUCUUGA